UCACAUUCCACACCAGUUGGUGGCGGUAAUGCACCAUUCAGUUCUUUGACAACCGCCAAUUAAAUUUAGAAGAAGAAGGAAGAGGAGACGAAGAGAAGAAACCGGCUUCUCUGUUCUGUUCUCAGCUUUCAAACAGAUAAACAUGAGCGAUCCCAUGAGGGUGUUGGUGACAGGUGCAUCCGGGUUGGUGGGCAGGGCCAUACAGCAUGUGGUGAAAGAAGAAGGAGGAGCCAAGGAGGGGGAGGAAUGGAUAUUCCUGUCCUCCAAAGAUGCCAACCUCAUUGUGCUCUACAGGGCGUAUUUACAGCAGCAUGGGCGUUGCUAUACAGCUGUGAUUCCCACUAAUGUGUUUGGUCCUCAUGACAACUUUAGCAUCGAAGAUGGUCAUGUGCUACCAGGUCUUAUACAUAAAGCAUACAUUGCUCAAAAGGAGGGGAAACCCUUGGUGGUCUGGGGCUCUGGCACACCUAGAAGGCAGUUCAUCUACUCUUUGGACCUGGCUCGUCUUUUCCUCUGGGUCCUGAGGGAGUAUCCAGAAGUUGAGCCAAUCAUUCUCUCUGUUGGUGAGGAAGAUGAAGUGUCCAUCAAAGAAGCAGCAGAAGCUGUUGUUGGCGCAUUGGGCUUUAAAGGAGAAGUUGUGUUUGACACCAGUAAAGCAGACGGACAGUUCAAAAAGACGGCCAGCAAUGCAAAGCUGUGCCGGUAUCUGCCAGACUUCACUUUCACCCCCUUCAACCAAGCUUUAAAGGAAACCUGUGAUUGGUUUGUUGCCAACUAUGACACAGCCAGGAAGUGAGAAGACUGCCAAACAAAUCGGUGCUAAACAAAGUGCUUCACAGCACAAACACAAGGCAAUUGGUGUUGAGUCUUACUGUUGUUGCCCUCUGCAGCACCAUACUGUUUUGUGCUGAAUGUUGUGUGCAGCACCUGGGACCCCUUUUCUGCACGUGGACUCUAUUUAGCUGGAUUAAAUCGUGGAUGAUUUGUCAGAAUACCAGUUUGAAAAGUAUUGGACUGAAAUGAUGCCACCGAGCCAUGGUGGCAUUAUUCUUGUGUGAGGAACUGGUUAGAAUCCUUGUCUGUGUAUAAAAGGUGGGUGUAGCUGCAGGGUCUAAAUUGUGAGCUAAUGCAGAAGUGCCUUAAACCUGCAUUCUUUUUAAUGACCAGCAGGGGGUGACUCCUGCAAUUGUAAAAAGCAGUCCAGUCAUGUAGAAAUCUUUGCUCAUCCACAAUCUGUGACCUCAGUAAACACUUUCCUUAUGAGCUUGAGCUUUGUAGCUAGAUUCAAGUGUUAGUGAUUAUAAAGAGACGUUCAAUGACAAGUCAGUACCUUACCUCGUCACAUCUGGUUUCAAAACACCAAAUUGAUGAUUGCAAAAAUCGCAACAGCUUCACUAAACAAAGGGUAAAAUCACAGUAGUGAAGUCCAUCUAUUGUAUACUGGCUAUGGUUGUGAUUGUGGACUCAGUGUUAGAGAAGCAUUUUCAAGAGACCACUGCAAAAUCAUGAUCAUUUAGCAUACUUCUGUACUUGCAUUUAGAGGUGCCCCUCAGUCAAUAGGAAAUAAUACACAUAUGAGAUUUACUACUAGUGUGUAGUAGGAGACAAAAAUAAUUUCCUUUCACGGCUCAACACAGCUAUAAAAUAAAAUUGAGAAAUUGUACUGCAAGGCCUUAAAGUCAUCACUGCUGAAUCCGUCCAGCUGCUGUAAGGAAUCAGAAUCCAGUAUCAGUGUUACCAGCAGGAAGAGUUCAGUCACCUCAGAUUUAAUCCAACUGUUUUAAUCUAAACUAGAUCAUCCAGCUGAGCGUGGAACGUUUUAGGAACGUACAGGUCGUGGGGUCCACUGUCCUUCAGUAAAAGAAAAAUGAUGUCAUCGUCUAUUCUACGACCCGUAUGAAGAAGUUUCAGAGUUUUAUUCACUGUGGUAGCGUUAAUCAUUUCAGCUGGGAAAUGGGCUGCUUCAAUCUUGUAAUCCAGGUGCUGGCACAACAUAACAUUCAGAAAUCAGAAUUGUUUUGACUUCACGUUUGUUAUUGAAGGGUUUGGGUAUUGAUUGAUCCAGCUUAUAUAAUUGAGCAUUAUGUGGGCUAGUGUUUUUUUUUUUUUCAAACGA